GGACUGAGAUUCCUAAAAGAAGCAGGGACCCGCCUCCCUCCAGCCAGAGUCACGUCGUCUAACCUGUUCCCUGCGCCUGCCCCGCCCCGUCCUCGGCUCCCAGCAGCUGGAGCUGGAGCCGGAGGAAGACCCCCUGGUGCCAGGAUCUGCCCCGGACCCACGCAGUGAUUCCUGGGUAUCCCUGAGAUUCUAAAAGUCCCGAGUUUUGAUUCCUAUAGCCUCUACUUUCUGAGGCCUCAAUUCCCAGAGCCCUGAAUUCCUACUGCUCCUUCAGACCAGAUGGAUCCUCACAAUAGUCCUAAGAGGCGCCCCACUCCGGCCGGCACCAUGGACAGCGAGGCAUUCCAGAGCGCGCGGGACCUUCUGGACCUGAACUUCCAGUCGCUGGCCAUGAAGCACAUGGACCUGAAACAGAUGGAGCUGGAUACGGCGGCGGCCAAGGUGGACGAACUGACUAAGCAGCUUGAGUCACUGUGGUCGGACUCGCCAGCUCCUCCUGGCCCGCAGGGCGGAGUCCCCCCUAGGCUGUCCCGGUACAGCUCCAGCCCGGUCCCCGAGCCUUUCGGCAGCCGAGGUUCCCCCCGGAAGACGGCCACGGACAGCGCAGACACCCAGUUUGGACGCUCCGAGAGUGCUCCGGCCCUGCUCCCCUACAGCCCUCUAUCCCCAAAGGGCCGACCAUCAUCUCCGCGCACCCCGCUCUAUCUGCAGCCUGAUGCUUACGGCAGCCUGGACCGCGCGCCCUCGCCGCGGCCGCGCGCUUUCGAAGGCGCCGCCAGCCCCCUGGGCCGUGCUCCCUCCCCGCGGCCGGGGUCAGGCCCGCUCCGCCAGCAAGGUCCCCCUACGCCCUUCGACUAUCUGGGACGUGCGGGCUCCCCGCGUGGCAGCCCUCUGGCGGAGGGGCCCCAGGCCUUCUUCCCCGAGCGCGGGCCCUCGCCGCGCCCACCUGCAGCAGCCUACGACGCGCCCUCGGCCUUCGGGAGCCCCCUGCUGGGCGCGGGCGGCAGCGCCUUCGCCCCGCCUCUGCGCGCGCAAGAUGACCUGACGCUGCGCCGGCGACCCCCGAAAGCCUGGAACGAGUCUGAUCUGGACGUGGCUUACGAGAAGAAAUCCACGCAGACAGCCAGCUACGAACGUCUGGACGUCUUUGCACGACCCGCCUCGCCAGGCCUGCAGCUGUUGCCCUGGAGAGAGAGCAGCCUGGAUGGGCUGGGGGCCACCGGCAAGGACAACCUCACCAGCGCCACCCUGCCCCGCAACUACAAGGUCUCCCCUCUCGCCAACGACAGGCGUUCAGACGUGGGCAGCUACCGUCGCUCGCUGGGCUCUGCCGCCCCGUCAGGCACUUUGCCCCGCAGCUGGCAGCCUGUCAGCCGCAUCCCCAUGCCCCCCUCCAGCCCCCAGCCCCGCGGUGCCCCUCGCCAGCGUCCCAUCCCCCUCAGCAUGAUAUUCAAGCUGCAGAACGCUUUCUGGGAACAGGGGGCCAGCAGAGCCAUGCUCCCUGGGUCCUCCGUCUUCUCCAGAGCACCCCCACCUAAGCUGCCAACCCAGUCCCAGCCACCCCCCCAGACCCAACUGCAGCCCCAACCACAGCCCCAGUUGCCCCCCCAACCCCAGCCCCAGCCUCAGCCCCAGCCCCAGCCCCAGCCCCAGCCCCAGGCCCAACCCCAGGCUCCAGUCCCCCAGGUCCCCCAACAGACAUGGCCACCGGUGAAUGAAGGCCUCCUCAAACCCCCUGCUGAGAUGGAGGCUGAGCCUGAGCUAGAGGGGCUGCUGACACCAGUGCUGGAGGCCGGUGAUGCAGACGAAGGCGCUGUAACUCGGCCCCUCAGCCCCACGAGGCUGCAGCCAGCGCUGCCCCCUGAGGCACAGUCGGUGCCUGAGCUGGAGGAGGUGGCCCGGGUGCUGGCCGAGAUUCCUCGACCCCUCAAACGCAGGGGCUCCAUGGAGCAGAGCCCCGCCGUGGCCCUGCCCCCUACUCACAAGAAGCAGUACCAGCAGAUCAUCAGCCGCCUCUUCCACCGGCAUGGCGGGCCAGGGCCUGGGGGGCCUGAGCCGGAGCUGACGCCCAUCACCGAGGGAUCUGAGGCCAGGGCCGGGCCCCCUGCUCCUGCCCCACCAGCUCCCCUACCGCCCCCAGCCCCGCCCCAGAGCAGCCCACCAGAGCAGCCACAGAGCAUGGAGAUGCGCUCGGUGCUGCGGAAGGCGGGCUCCCCGCGUAAGGCCCGGCGGGCGCGGCUCAACCCGCUGGUGCUGCUGCUGGACGCGGCGCUGACCGGGGAGCUGGAGGUGGUGCAGCAGGCGGUGAAGGAGAUGAACGACCCGAGUCAGCCCAAUGAGGAGGGCAUCACGGCGCUGCACAAUGCCAUCUGCGGCGCCAACUACCCGAUCGUGGACUUCCUCAUCGCGGCGGGCGCCAAUGUCAACUCCCCAGACAGCCACGGCUGGACACCUCUGCACUGCGCGGCGUCUUGCAACGACACGGCCAUCUGCACCGUGCUUGUGCAGCAUGGCGCUGCAAUCUUCGCCACCACUCUCAGCGAUGGCGCCACCGCCAUCGAGAAAUGCGACCCCUACCGGGAUGGCUAUGCUGACUGCGCCACCUACCUGGCAGACGUGGAGCAGAGCAUGGGGCUGAUGCACAGCGGGGCGGUGUACGCCCUCUGGGACUACAGCGCCGAGUUCGGGGACGAGCUAUCCUUCCGUGAGGGCGACUCCGUCACCAUCCUGCGGAGGGACGGGCCAGAGGAGACCGACUGGUGGUGGGCUGCGCUGCACGGCCAGGAGGGCUACGUGCCGCGGAACUACUUCGGGCUCUUCCCCAGGGUGAAGCCUCAGAGGAAUAAAGUCUAGCCGGACAGAAGGAUGUUUUCCCAGAAGCCCAGUGGAGGAGAACUUCAGCCUUAAGUUUAGCAAUCCGCCUUAACUGUGGAGGCCCCAGGGGUGAAGCUGAGAAUCUUGGGGGCAGGAGAUCCUCCACAUUUGCCAAAGCAGAUCCCGUCCAAAGUGCUUCCCACCCUGACUGCCAAUCACUCCUCACCCUCAGCAGCCAACCCACCAUCCCAGCUGAGCCUGGGAUUCGAGACCCCCCCCAACUGACUUCCCCUGGGAGUCACUCCUAUCCCUUGUCCCCCAGAAGCUCUGGGGUCUGGGGGAGACCCGCUGGUUUCCACCAGGAUCCUCACCCCGCCUUCCCCAGUUAAGUGCCUUCACAAAGUGCUGGGUUUAUGUUUAUAACAAAAUGGGGGAGUUUUCUUUAUAAAUAAAGGUAGUUUGCACAGAAAUCGACUCCCUUCUC